UAACGAGAUGCUCGGUAGCAAGACGCCAGCUAGACAUUAGCGACGCGCCCGUGAAACUUGUAUAAGGGUAUCGGCGUCUAUUAGUGACCACGCGAAUCCUCCCUCUCUAAAUUCACCAUUAAUUAAAAACCAAUAAAUCAGUACAAGUGCGACGAAUUUUCAUUCUAGAGAAAGAAUUUUCAACGUGUAUUAUAUCAUAUAACCUGUCAAGGAUUAUAUCAACGAGUCAGCCCAUUGUCCACAAGGCUUACACGCAGAUUAAUUUGACGGGAAGUUUGUUUUAAGUCUAACCAACACAUAAUCUUUAAAAGAAGAAAAAAAAACAUGCCAGCAAGAUUUGAAAGUGUUAAUGCGCCGAUCGUUCGCGAUUCAAUCAUUCCCAAUGGCACAACAUAUUCCAUUGAUGAUGAUAUUGUCAUCACUGGAUUUUCUGGUCGACUGCCAGAGUCAUCGAACAUUGAGGAAUUCAAACAGAAACUUUUCGAUGGAAUCGAUUUAGUAACAGACGAUGAGCGCCGUUGGCCCUCUGGUCUUCAUGGCCUACCAACAAGAACCGGAAAACUUAAAGAUCUUGCAUCAUUUGACGCUACCUUCUUUGGUGUUCACGCUAAGCAAGCACACGUUAUGGAUCCACAACUCAGAAUGCUCCUUGAAUUAACACACGAGGCUAUCAUAGACGCUGGAAUUAAUCCGUCCGAAAUUAGAGGUUCAAAAACUGGAGUUUUCAUUGGUGUUUCCGAUUCGGAAUCUGACGAAUUCUGGACCGCAGACCCAGACAUGGUCAAUGGUUAUGGUCUGACAGGAUGUUGUCGAGCAAUGUUCCCCAACAGAAUAUCCUACACUUUCGACUUCACAGGACCAAGUUUUGCCGUUGACACGGCCUGUUCAUCAUCCCUCUACGCAAUGCAUCAAGCAGUAGCCGCAAUGCGAACUGGUCAAUGUGAUUCGGCAAUUGUUGGCGGUGUGAACCUCGUUCUAAAACCCACAAGUUCCCUCCAGUUUCACAGGCUAAAUAUGUUAUCAAUGGACGGCGCAUGUAAAGCCUUCGACGCAUCAGGAAAUGGAUACGUUAGAUCCGAAGCUGCUGUCGUUAUUUUCCUUCAAAAGGCCCGUAACUCUAAAAGAGUGUACGCGACAGUUGUUAACUCCAAGACAAAUACAGACGGCAACAAAGUUGAGGGAAUCACAUUUCCAAGCGGAGCCAUGCAAAAUAAAUUAAUGCGCGAGGUCUACGCGGAAGUUGGUGUCGAUCCAGUUGAUGUGGUUUACGUCGAGGCUCAUGGAACUGGAACAAAAGUUGGCGAUCCACAGGAAGUUAAUUCAAUUGCAGACCUCUUCUGUAAAGACAGAAAUAAACCUCUACUGAUUGGAUCGAUUAAAUCAAAUAUGGGACACUCGGAACCAGCGAGUGGAUUGUGUUCCAUUGCAAAGAUGCUAAUAGCAAUGGAGGCCGGUGUUAUUCCCGGAAAUUUACACUUUAAAACACCAAAUAAAGAUAUUCCCGCAUUGUCCGAUGGAAGAUUACAGGUCGUUGAUCGAUCUAUGCCUUGGAAUGGAGGUCUAGUGGCUAUUAAUUCGUUCGGAUUUGGCGGUGCGAACGCUCACGUUGUUUUAAGAAGUAAUCCAAAACCAAAAAUCGCCCCAGUUUUGGAUGUGAACGUACCGAAAAUUGUUCCCGUCUCGGGAAGAACGGAAGAGGCGAUCAAUUCAUUCUUGGAUCGAAUCAAGGAACACGAGAAGGACGAUGAAUUCACUUCGAUGGUGCAGGAUUUACACGCUAAUAACGUCACUGGUCAUGGGUAUCGUGGAUUCCAAAUUCUCGGCGAUGUUAAUGUACGGGAAGUCGAUCAGGUUGGUUCGGAGAAGAGACCGAUUUGGUACGUUUUCUCGGGCAUGGGAUCACAAUGGUCGGGAAUGGGACGAGCGCUCUUUUGUAUUGACACCUUCCAAGCGGCAAUUAGACGAUGUGCGGAAGCUUUAAAACCAGAGGGUAUCGAUCUGAUAAAUCUCAUUCUCAAUGGAACGGAGGAAACUUUCCAGAAUGUUGUCAAUAGUUUUGUGUCGAUUGCGGCCAUUCAAGUUGGAUUAGUCGACGUUUUGAGUUUGAUGGGCAUUCAACCUGAUGGAAUUAUCGGUCAUUCGAUUGGAGAACUUGGUUGCGGUUAUGCGGACGGAUCGAUGACACCGGCACAGACUGUCCUCGCUGCCUACUGGAGAGGAAAAACAAUUUUAGACGCUAAUCUACCACUCGGCGCCAUGGCUGCCGUUGGUCUCAGUUGGGAGGAAGCACAAAAGAGAUGCCCACCGGAAAUUGUUUUAGCUUGUCACAACGCCGCCGAUUCGGUGACAAUUUCCGGUCCUCCGGAACCAAUAGCUAAAUUCGUGGAAGAUUUGAAGAGUCAGGAGAUUUUCGCGAAACAAGUCCACAGUUCGGGCUGCGCUUUCCACAGUAAAUAUAUCGCUUCAGUUGGACCUAGACUAAGAACAAUGCUGGAGAAAAUAAUUCCCAAUCCAAAGCAGAGAACUUCGAGAUGGAUCUCGAGUUCGAUUCCAGAAACUGCUUGGAAUACGUCAUUGGCACAACUCAGCUCACCGGCCUAUUAUGUCAACAAUCUCCUCUCUCCGGUUCUUUUCCAAGAAGCGCUCGCUCACGUACCGGAAAAUGCGAUCGUCAUCGAAAUUGCUCCCCAUUGUUUAUUGCAAGCAAUCCUUCGUCGAUCGUUACCAUCAACAGUGACGAACAUCGGUCUCCACAAACGUGAUCACAGCGAUAAUCUCGCAUUCCUCUUGACCAAUAUCGGCAAACUCUAUGUCGCCGGAGCUCAACCUGUUCUCUCCAAACUCUAUCCACCAGUCACCUAUCCCGUUGGACGAGGAACUCCAAUGCUCAAUUCAAUGAUUCAAUGGGAUCACUCCGUACAGUGGAGUGUCGCCGACUUCUCCGGCAAAUCCGGCCACUCUGGACAGAGCGUCGUGGAAUUCGAUCUCUCCAAGGAAUCUGAUUCUUACAUUGCUGGUCAUUGUAUCGACGGAAGAAUUCUUUUCCCCGCUACCGGCUAUUUGACAAUUGUUUGGAAGACCUUUGCAAAACUACGCGGUUCGUCAUACGAGAAAACACCAGUCGUCUUCGAGGAUGUACAAUUCCUACGAGCGACCAUUAUGCCAAAGGAAGGUUCCGUGAAAUUCAUCAUCAACAUCUUCGAAGGUACAGGAGCUUUCGAAAUCUCCGAAAGUGGAGCCACUGCAGUGAGUGGAAAGAUUCGCUUCUCCGAAGAUAUCGAAAAGGAACAACUCAACCUACCAAUUCCAGCUGCAAGCAACGAAUCAGAUUUACUCGAACUGAAGACAAACGACGUCUAUAAAGAUCUCCGACUCCGCGGCUAUGAUUACGGUGGAAUUUUCCAAGGUAUCAAAUCAUCCGAUAAUCGAGCCAUCACCGGUAACCUCGCUUGGAAUAACGAUUGGAUUUCCUACAUGGACACAAUGCUUCAAUUCGCAAUUUUGGGCAAAAACACCAGAGAUCUCUUCCUACCGACACGUCUACAGUACGCAGCAAUUAAUCCCGAGCGUCAUAUGCAACUCGUGGAGAAACUUCAAGAGAAUGAGAAUAUCCCCGUUCAUCACUAUAGCAACGUUGGUAUUGUCAAGUCAGGCGGAGUCGAAUUACGUGGAAUGAAGUCUUCCAUCGCCCCCAGAAGACAACAGACCCAAGCCGAUCCAAAAUUGGAGAAAUAUUCCUUCAUUCCCUACGAGAAUACACAGGCACUCGUCGAAGAUCCAGAGAAAUCGAAAUUACACGCCCUCACCUCUCUGCUUCAGGUGGUGAGAGAAAAUGCCGGUGGCAUUAAAAUAAAGGCCAUCGAGACAACAAUGGAACGCAAUCCAGAGGCUCUUCUAACACCAAUUGUUCUCGAUAUUCUCCUCAGCGAACCCAUGCUCUCUGUUGAUCUAAAACUAGCAACAACCAUACCAGACAAUUACACCCCCGUUAUGGAACAAUGUAACAUCAAGAGUACCGUUGUCGACGUUCACACUUCACCUGUCGGACAAGAUAUGCACCUGAUAGUCACCGCUGACGUCAUGAACAAUCAAAUGUUGGCGGCUGUGAAAAAUUUCGAAAACUCCCUCAAACCCGGUGGUUUUAUUCUCUCCGAAGAGGCGACAGAAAUUGACGAAAGUAUUUUGAAAGGAUCUAGUCUCAUUGUCGUUGGAAAGCAAGUGGUUCCUGGCAAAUGUUACAUUCUCCUAAAGAAGAAAGAGGAAAUGGAUGCGCCGGUGGUUAUUAAAGUGACCGAGAAGAAUUUCGCCUGGGUGGAAGAUUUGAAAGUUGCGAUGAAGAAGGCGGAGACUGAGGGACAGAAGGUUUUGGUUGUGAGUCAAGGUGAAGAGGUUUUGGGACUUGUGGGACUGAUGACUUGUUUACGACAAGAGGCGGGUGGAAUGAACGUUCGAUACUUCUUUAUCCAGGAUGUGAACGCUGCUGCAUUUUCCCUUGGCAAAGCUUUCUAUGCGAAGCAAUUCGAUAAACAACUAAUGGCAAAUGUGCUAAAGGGAGGACAAUGGGGAUCGUAUCGUCAUUUGCGAUUGGACAAGCAGAGUGACAGUCCUUCGCUUCAGGUUGAACACGCGUACAUCAAUGCUCUCGUUCGUGGUGAUCUGAGCAGUUUGCGAUGGAUCGAGGGACCUCUCUGCUACUACGAACCGGAGAAGUUUGUUGGACAGGAGUUUUGCGAUGUCUAUUACGCUCCGCUUAAUUUCCGAGAUAUUAUGUUGGCGACCGGAAAAUUGCCACCUGAUGCACUGCCCGGUGAUUUGGCGAGUCAGGAUUGUAUUCUUGGUCUUGAGUUUGCGGGAAGGGACUCGUCGGGUCGUCGUGUGAUGGGAAUGGUAGCGGCACGAGGAUUGGCAACGACAGUUUUGGCAGAUCCUGGAUUUAUGUGGGAGGUGCCGGAUAAGUGGACCCUAGAGGAAGCGGGGACAAUUCCAGUGGUUUACGCAACAAGUUAUUACGCUCUGGUGGUGAGAGGAAGACUACGAUCUGGUGAAUCUGUGUUGAUUCAUGCUGGUAGCGGUGGUGUUGGUCAGGCUAGUAUUGCGAUUGCUCUUCACGCCGGUUGCACUGUUUUCACGACAGUCAGUUCGAAGGAGAAGCGAGAUUUCCUCAAGAAAACUUUCCCUCAAUUGACUGACAAGCAUAUUGGAAACUCCCGUGACACGAGUUUCGAGCAACUGGUCCUCACGGAAACCGGAGGCAGAGGAGUUGACAUUGUGUUGAAUUCACUCUCGGAGGAGAAACUUCAAGCUAGUGUUCGAUGCUUGGCGAAAGACGGACGCUUCUUGGAGAUUGGAAAGUUUGACCUCUCGAAUAAUACAGCUUUGGGAAUGUCGUUCUUCUUGAAAAAUACAUCUUUCCAUGGAAUUUUGUUGGACGCACUGUUUGACACGAACGGACCAGAAAAGAAGGAGGUCGUGAGACUUGUCUAUGAGGGAAUCAAAAAUGGAGCUGUUCGUCCUCUGCCAGCUACGGUCUUCACUGAGCAGCAAAUAGAGCAAGGUUUCAGAUUCAUGGCAGCCGGAAAGCAUAUUGGUAAAGUUCUGCUCAAGAUUCGGGAUGAGGAGGCUCAGAAGGUGACACGACCAGCAAUGAAGACGGUUGCGGCAAUUCCAAGAACGUACAUGAAUCCUGAUAAAUCGUACGUCUUGGUAGGAGGUCUCGGAGGUUUUGGUCUGGAGCUCGCCAACUGGAUGAUCACGAGAGGAGCGAAGAAUAUCGUUCUCACGUCACGAUCUGGAAUUCGAACCGGUUAUCAAGCACUCUGCAUUCGAAGGUGGAGGGAAAUGGGAAUCACGAUUCAAAUCUCGACUGGCGAUGUCACAACGGAAGCUGGAGCAGACUCUCUUCUGAAAGAGGCAAAUAAACUCGCGCCCGUUGGAGGAAUAUUCAAUCUCGCCGCUGUAUUGCGUGACGCUCUGAUGGAGAACCUUGACGAAGAUCACUUCAAGGUAGUCGCUUUGCCAAAAGUGAGCGGUACGAGAAAUUUGGACGCUUCUUCAAAGAAAUUCUGUCCUGAACUCGAUUUCUUUGUCUGCUUCUCGUCGGUGUCUUGCGGAAGAGGAAACGUUGGGCAAACAAACUACGGACUCGCCAACUCCGCGAUGGAGAGAAUAAUGGAGCAGAGACAAGCUGUCGGUUUACCGGGUCUCGCCAUUCAAUGGGGAGCCAUUGGCGACGUGGGACUCAUUUUGGAAACAAUGGGCAACAACGAGACUGAAGUCGGCGGAACUCUUCCUCAACGAAUGGCAAGCUGUCUAAUGACAAUGGACUCAUUCCUUCAACAACCACAUCCCGUUCUUGCGUCAAUGGUUCUUGCCGAAAGGCAAAAAGCUGGCGAUUCAUCGGGUCAGGUGAAUCUCCUCGAUGCCGUGGGUAAUAUUCUUGGUAUCAAGGACGUUAAAACAGUCAACAUGAACAACAGUCUCGCUGAUCUUGGAAUGGAUUCACUCAUGGGAACUGAGAUCAAACAAACUCUGGAGAGAAACUAUGAUUUGGUUCUGUCCGCUCAAGAAAUUCGAGCACUUACCUUUGGCAAGUUACUUGAAUUAUCUUCUGGAUCAGCAGAAGCUAACGAAGUAGCUUCUCAAAGUCCUGCUAAUUCUUCAUUGACCGAAACCGAUCCAGAUGAGUUCCUCUUCCAGUGUUCCGGUACGGAAAUUGUACCGCCAAAAUCUCUAAUUCAACUUCAAUCAAUGUCCGACAAGGGCGAGCCAAUUUUCGUUAUUCACGCCAUUGAAGGUCUUGUUCUUUCGAUGAAGAGUUUGGCCAGUGAACUUGAACGACCUGUCUGGGGACUGCAGUGUACCAAAGAUGCUCCACUCGAGUCAAUACCUAAUCUGGCGACAUACUACAUACAGGAAAUGAAGACAGUGAAAAAACGGGGACCAUACAGUAUAAUAGGAUAUUCAUUCGGUGCCUGUGUUGCUUUUGAAAUGGCUCUACAGUUGGAGAAGGCGGGUGAAUCGGCGGAAUUAACACUUCUUGAUGGAUCACCUGACUUUAUCAAAUUGCACAGUCAAACUAUUGGGAAACAAACCAACCAAGUUAGUUCUGACCUCGCCUCAAAUGACGGCUUCCAAAAAGCAAUUGCUUUCUUUGCAAGGCAACUUAAUGCCGACAUUAGUUUUCUAAAGGCAUAUGAAAUUCUAAGGGGAAGUAAAACUGAGGAUGAAACUUUGAAUAAAAUGUUAGAGUUAAUAGGAAAUACGCCCUUCAAGUCAGAAGAUUUAAAAAUCGCUGGAAUUUUGUUCUAUAAGAAGCUGCGGGCAGCGAAUAUGUAUAAAGCAUCUAAUAAAUAUGACGGACCUAUUACUCUGAUCAAGGCCAAAGACAACUUUGUUUCCUUAAAUAAUGACUACGGAUUAUCUGAGAUGUGCAGACAAACCGUGAGGAUUGAAGAGUUACCAGGAAAUCACAGGAGUAUCCUUUCAGGAGAGAGCGUAAAAAAGAUGGCAACACUUGUGAAAACAUAAAGAAAACUUCUUCUAGGAUUCAAAUAAUUAUCUUAGAAUAAGUCAUCAUCACAAAAUGAUAGAAUGCAAAUUUUUUUUCACGUUAAUACUCUCCUGAAACGCUUGAAAUUAUAAAUGAGUAUUUUAUUUAAAUUUGCUCUUUAAAAUCAAUGCAAAUUUUUUUAGUAAUAUUCGCGGAUGAAUUCAAGCGUGCCCGAAGCAUCUUUUGUACAAAAUCUCUUCCCAGGAAUCUAUCAUCAUUCCAAUUCUGACAUUUUUGAGGCUUUAAUAUAAUUAUAUAUAGAAACUUUUUUUUCCCCUUCGUCGCAGUUUUUAUUUCCACAUUGUGAAAGAAUGAAUGUCGCGGAAAGUAUAAUUGUUUUGUCAUUUGUGAAUAAUGAGUAGAUUAUUACAGAUUUAAUUAUAAAGAAAUAUAUUAUAUUAUAUAUAUAUACUGUUAAGUAAUUCCAAUAACAACGCGCAAUUGUAUAACGAAGAUAGUGAAUGAAUCGAAUUCUUUUAAAACAAAAACAAAAACAAAAAAAUUUAUUGAUCGCUUCUAUAUGAUUUUUGAAUGAUUUAUCAGUGGACAGAUAAUCAUUUUCAAGUUAUAUGGAAACAUUGUACCCUGAGGACUUUUAAAAGUCAUUAAAUACGAAUUUUUAUUUUAAUCUAGCUCUAAAAAAAACAAAUAUGUGACGUUUUAAUAACACGUGUCGUGAUUUACCACUUAUGUAAAUUAGCAAACAGUAAGAACCGAUACGAAUUAUUUAAAUACAUUUCUUAAAUAGUAGAAAAAAAGUAAGAUAAAAAAAAAGAGAGAAUGUGAAGUGAACAUAGAGGCUGUUAAUGUACAUGAUAAAUUACGUUAGAAUAUAUUUUUUUAAGGUUCUUAUUUUUGUUUAUUAAAUGAGUAUAGACAUUUAAAGUGUAUAUGAUGACAAAAAUAAACGUGAAUCACGUUCAUAUCUAUUCAAAUUUUGAAAAUAUCUCGUGAUUUAUGUUAAAUUGCAUUAUGAUAUUUAUUACUUUCCGGGUAUGCAUGAUACUCUUGUAUUAAAUAAUUUGAACAAUAAAAGGAAUAGAAACAUG